AUGCCAGCCAGCUUCUUGGACCUCGCAGCCGAGCUCCGUAACGAAAUCUAUCACGAAGCACUCACUCACGACCGUGAAAACGGCCGCACCGCUACGGUCGCACUCCUCCGCACUUGCCGCCAGAUUCACAGCGAGGCACAAGGCAUCCUCCAUUCGCAGAGCAUUUUCCUCAUCUCGGUCUCGCCAGUGGAGUGCAGACACCAAGCCAGCACUAUGAUCAGCGCCACAAGCUCCCUAAAAUUCAGUGGUGACUGCUUGGACCUGCCUCACUACCGCACUACAACAUCGGAGCGAGAGUUGAGAGCUCUUCCAUCUGCAUCGCUGAGAGUGCCAGCAGUGAAAGUCCAGAUCCAUGUCGCAGACAAGUCUCCGAGAGGCAGGACGGAGCAACUCAACCAGCCCAUUCAUCGCUUCAUAGCAGCUCUUUGGCGCCAUAUGAACUCAGACAACCGAGACCGGCGUGUGGAUAUCACCCUCAUCAACAAGACGGCCUACGCGGGCAACACCUCAAGCGCAAUCGAACACUUCUCUGGCCUGGUUUUCCUUGGCCCCCAUGUCAAGCUCACGAUGCAUCAAUUCGACAAGACAGCGGUGGAUUAUGUGGAGAGUCUACGCAAGGGAAUGCUGGACUCGUCGGAAGGGACAAUCAGGGACACAGAGUGA